ACGCCUACAUAGUGCGGAGAGAACCGGUCGCGGCUGUUGUUAUGCUAACACUCGUGCGCACUAGUUGAACGAGAAACAAGGAGAGCAUUUGGGGAUUGGAACGCUGCUAUCGCAUCGAGUUACAAGAUGGCGAUGGCGAGAUGAUAGCGGAACGAGUCUUUGAUAGUUGUAGUAUUAUUAAACGUUUGUGUUGGGGAUGUUUAGUUGUUUAGGUUUUGUGUUUACCGGUAAACAACACUCUGUAGCGGGUAGAUAUUCGUGAUAAAGUAGUAACAUGUGGUUAGUUAGAGAACUGGAAACCAGCGGUUGAGAGAAGAAAGACUGUCGGUGGAAGCCGAGUGCUAGUAAACAUGUCGGAUACGCGGCGGAGGGUGAAGCUCUACACCCUGAAUGAAGAGCGCCAGUGGGAUGAUAGGGGAACCGGGCAUGUCGCAUGCGCUUAUAUGGACCAGGAUAGAGGAACAUCGCUGCUGGUUCGUGCUGAGACGGACGGCUCGCUGUUGCUGGAGUCCAAAAUCAAUCCAAACACGGCGUAUCAGAAACAGCAGGAUACCCUCAUUGUUUGGUCUGAAGCAGAAAAUUAUGAUCUUGCUUUGAGUUUCCAGGAGAAGGCAGGUUGUGAUGAAAUCUGGGAGAAGAUCUGUCAGGUGCAAGGCAAAGAUCCUUCAGUGGAGAUCACCCAGGAGCCCAUCGAUGAGUCGGAGGAGGAGCGGUUCGAGGAGAUUCCAGAGACCAGCCACACGGUGGAUCUUCCCGCCUGUGAGCUCGCACAUCUGGAAGAGAUAGCUGACCUCGUGACCUCCGUGCUUUCCUCGCCCAUCCGGCGGGAGAAACUAGCGCUGGCGCUGGUGAGCGACGGCUACAUGCUGAAACUGCUGGAGCUCUUCAGGACGUGCGAGGAUCUGGGCGAACACGAAGGCCUGCGCCACCUCUACGAGAUCGUCCGCGGCGCGCUCUUCCUGAACAAGGCGGCGCUCUUCGAGGUCAUGUUCUCAGACGAGUGCAUCAUGGACGUGGUGGGAUGUCUGGAGUACGAUCCGGCGCUCGUCCAGCCCAGGAGGCACCGAGACUUCCUCACCAACACGGCUCGCUUCAAGGAGGUGAUACCCAUUACAGACUCAGAGCUCCGACAGAAAAUUCACCAGACAUACAGAGUGCAGUACAUUCAAGAUAUCAUCCUGCCCACUCCCUCUGUCUUCGAGGAGAAUUUCCUGUCCACGCUCACAUCCUUCAUCUUUUUUAACAAGGUGGAGAUCGUCAGCAUGCUGCAGGAGGAUGAAAAGUUUUUGACAGAAGUUUUUGCCCAGCUGACGGAUGAAUCGACAGAGGACGGCAAAAGAAGAGAGCUGGUUAACUUCUUCAAAGAGUUCUGUGCGUUUUCACAAACACUUCAACCACAAAACAGAGAUGCUUUUUUUAAAACGCUGGCGAAUCUAGGAAUCCUCCCUGCAUUGGAAAUUAUAAUGGGUAUGAAUGACCUACAAGUGAGAGCAGCAGCCACAGAUAUCUUCUCUUACCUGGUGGAGUUUAGUCCGUCUAUGGUGCGCGAGUUUGUGAUGCAGGAGCCACAGCAGGCAGAGGAUGAUGAUGUUCUGCUGAUAAACCUGGUGAUAAAGCAGAUGAUCUGUGACUCGGACCCUGAGCUGGGCGGGGCUGUGCAGCUCAUGGGGCUUCUUCGUACUCUCAUUGAUCCAGAGAACAUGCUGGCUCCCACCAAUAAAACGGAGAAGACUGAAUUUCUCAGCUUUUUCUACAAGUACUGCAUGCAUGUUCUCACUGCACCACUGUUGGCCAACACGACAGAGGACAGUAAAGAUUUGCCAGAAGAGUCUACGAAAGUCAACCCAGUUUGUCCUGACAAUUUUCAGACAGCUCAGCUUCUGGCUCUCAUACUGGAGCUGUUAACGUUCUGUGUGGAGCACCAUACAUACCACAUAAAGAACUACAUCAUGAAUAAGGACCUGCUGCGGAGAGUGCUGGUGCUUAUGAACUCCAAGCACACCUUCCUGGCGCUCUGUGCCUUGCGUUUUAUGAGGAGAAUAAUAGGACUAAAGGAUGAGUAUUAUAACCGCUAUAUCAUCAAAGGAAACCUGUUUGAGCCAGUUAUAAACGCUUUGUUGGACAAUGGGACAAGAUAUAAUCUUCUGAACUCUGCCAUCAUUGAACUCUUUGAAUUCAUUAAAGUGGAGGACAUAAAAUCACUCAUUGCUCACAUAGUCGACAACUUUUACAAAGCACUUGAAUCCAUAGAGUAUGUUCAAACGUUCAAAGGGCUGAAGGGUCGCUACGAGCAGGAGAAAAACCGACAGAGCCGAGGGAUUAGCAGUGUUAAACUUAAUAGGUAUCGACGAGAUGCCCGGUCUUUGGAUGAUAAAGAGGAAAUCUGGUUCAAAGAUGAUAAGGAUGAUGAUGAAGCUGACCCAGGGGUAGAAAAGAGAGUUGAGGAGGACUUUCCUGAAAGCUAUGGGAAGUUCAUAGGGGCUAAAAAAGUUAAAGAAAGCGAGGACAAGGAAAACCUCCAAAAACGGACACAAACUGGCAGCUUUAAGUUUACUAUUUCUCAUUCGGCUGGAAACGACGACAAAGCAGCUUCAUCUGCAUCUCCUGCCAGUCCUAAUGGCUCAUCAGGAAAAGGAGCCUCAGCGCCCUCUACCCCGGUGGUUAAGGCAGGACUGGUUGGCCUUGUAGACUACCCAGACGACGAAGAUGAGGAAGAUGAAGAGGACGAGGAUGAGGACGGCGAGCUGGCUCCACGAAAGCGACCCCGCGUGGGCUCGUAAAGCACGGCUGCAGCCUCCUGGUGCCACAGUGUCCCAAAUGUAGAGGUCUUACUGGAGCUGAAGGAUUAGGAAACAACCCAAACCUACUUGCUCCACUAGAACCGUCUGACUUGAGCACCAGAGCACUUGACGGCUCUCUGGUUCUCUAAUUUUUCUCUCAAUCUGCUUGUGCCAGGUUGUACCUGCAGGGAAGUCGAACUUCAUCAGCUGGGUCUUUCUACCCAGCAGGACCGGCCAAUUAGUACUGGAGGCUUGAUUGGCUGAGCCUGUCGAUUUAGGCAUUGUUCAGGGUGGGGCAAAGGAAUGACAUUGCAAAAAAAGGGACAAAAAUUUUUGGGUCUAAUGAGAAUUUUAUGGAUUCUUUGAGCUGAAACUCUAGUGUGAACGUUUCGAGUUUAAGUCCUGAGUUUAUCAUGAGUAGUGUACAGCUGUACUUUUCUCUGAGUUCUUUUUUUAAUGUUUACUUCUUCAGUGGCGUUUUUUUUAAUUGAUAAAAGGGUAGUUAUUCCUGCCAGUGUACAUUUUGUUCCUCUCUUUUGGCACACAUUCAGGCAGGCAUAGUUUACCUUUUUUAUUCAAAUUCCUUUGCUUCAUUGAAGAAUACUUCAGUUUAAGAAGUUGUGAUGUUGAUUUUUAAUACCGUAUAUUAAACGUAUUAAACUGCAGAUGAACAGAGCGUGUGUGUGUCCAAGUUCUGCUUUUCAUCGGGCGCGUCCCAUCACCAGCACACUGUACAUUUUUAAAAGUGACCAUCGCCGAGUGUUACAAGACUAAUAAAUAGACAUCUGUUGCCAAAUUAAAA